GCGGAGGGCGUGGCCCCCAGCUGUCUCCUCUCCUCAGCACCACCCGUCUCUCCAUCCUCAACCCUCCACCUUCGGCUCGCGCUCAGAUGGAGCCGCUGUGACGUCUCCGGUCCGCCGCCUGUAACGCCGUGUUGUUGUUGUGGUCUUUAUUGUUUUGUUUUUGUUUGUUAUGACGCGACUGCUCGCGGGAGCUGCGAUACGUUCGGACCGGGAUCAAAGGGACCGCGCGACGCGCCGCGCGCCGAUCAGACGACACGAGCUCGCGGACCGCCGUGCGGGAUUACAGCCCAUCGCGUUAUCAUGACCACACGUCGUCCCCUCGCGCUGUAAUCGGUAGUGUUGCGGUCUGACCGAAGAGCCUCGGGUCCGGAGGCCUCGGGAGGCGGGGCCUCGGAGUCCUGCCUUGUAAUUGGUCACCAUGCCCACCUCGCGCCCCGGCGCCGCCCCCGCCGACUACUGGGUGGACGGCUCGCGACGCGACGCCGCGGUGGAAGACUUCUACACCAUGGGCUCCGAACUGGGAAGGGGGGCCACCUCCAUCGUGUUCCGCUGUGAGGAGAAACAAACGCAAAAACCGUUCGCCCUGAAGGUCCUGAAGAAGACCAUCGAUAAGAAGAUCGUCCGCACGGAGAUCGGAGUCCUUCUGCGACUGUCCCACCCCAACAUCAUUCGGUUGAAGGAAAUCUUUGAGACCGAAACCAACAUCACCCUGGUGCUGGAGCUGGUGACAGGAGGGGAGCUGUUUGACCGGAUCGUGGAGCGGGGGUACUACAGUGAGCGAGACGCAGCACACGUCAUCCAUCAGAUCCUGGAGGCUGUCGCGUACCUCCAUGAGAACGGUGUUGUUCACCGAGAUCUGAAGCCCGAGAAUCUCCUCUAUGAAGACAUGUCUUUGGACGCGCCUCUGAAGAUAGCGGACUUCGGUCUGUCCAAGAUCAUCGACGACCAAGUCCCCAUGAAGACCGUGUGCGGAACGCCGGGAUACUGCGCUCCUGAGAUCCUCCGGGGGAACGCCUACGGACCGGAGGUGGACAUGUGGUCGGUCGGAGUGAUCCUCUACAUCCUGCUGUGUGGCUUCGAGCCGUUCUUCGACCCCCGCGGGGACCAGUACAUGUACAGCCGCAUCCUCAACUGUGACUACCAGUUUGUCUCCCCCUGGUGGGACGAGGUGUCACUGAACGCUAAAGACCUGGUCAGCAGGCUGAUCCUCCAGGACCCCAGGAAGCGCCUCACUGUGCAGGAGGCGCUCUGUCACCCCUGGGUGCUCGGCAAGGCGGCCCGCUUCUCCCACAUGGACACGGCCCAGCGCAAGCUGCUGGAGUUCAACGCCCGCCGCAAGCUCAAGGCUGCUAUGAAGGCCGUGGUCGCCACCAGCCGGAUGCAUGAGAGCUCACGGCGUCGCACCGACAGCUGUGAGCUGCCUGGCUCAGGGGCUCCCCGGCAGGACAGCAUGCAGCAGGACCCGCCCCCGGACACAGACCACACCCCUCCUGCCGGGGAAGCCCCGCCCACCUCAGAGUCUGACAACAGCAAGACGGGGGGCUCCCCCCCUCCUUUGCCCCUGGCCCCGCCCACCAGACCUCCCCUGAAGGCUGACGGGCUGCGCCACCUGUCAGUCAUCCCCAUGACGCCCGGGGCUCCGCCCAGGAUGUCAAGGAAGCCCUACUCCGCUGUGGAGGCCACACCCCCCCCGACACUGACCACACCCCUUACCACAACGACACCCAUCGCCUCGGCCACGCCCAUCACCUUGGCCGCACCCCUAACAACAGACGCGCCCCCCAGGAUAGCCACGCCCCCAAGCCCAAAGACUCUCAGUAACGGGUUUCCUGUAGGGGCGGAGCCAGAGGGCAAGGCCGCCCAAUGUCAAUGAGUCCUGACACACACACACACACAACCCCCCCCCCCCACACACACUUGAGUCAGACCCCCCCUUGCUCUGCAGGACCUGAUGUGUGGUACCAGGGAUACUUUGGUUUCGCCUUGAAACAAUUGUCAUGGUGAUGGUCUGACCAGGUGGUGGUCGUCAUGGUGAUGGUCUGACCAGGUGUUAGUCGUCAUGGUGAUGGUCUGACCAGGUGUUGGUCGUCAUGGUGAUGGUCUGACCAGGGGUUGGUCGUCAUGGUGAUGCAUGGGGUGUAGUUCUGGAAAAGCUUUUCUUUACAUGUUGUCUGACCAAACACAACGCAGUUCAUCACCUUAGAGCAGAAAACCUUUUAUCAUCACUCUUGGAGUCAGGGGUCAGGGGUUAGGUGUCAGGAGUCAGGGGAUAGGGGUUAGGGGUCAGAGGUUAGGAGCAUGGGUUAGGGUUUAGUGGUUAGGGUUAAGGUUCAGGAGUCAGGGUUUAGGGUUAAGGUUUAGGGUUGAGGAGUCAGGGGUUAGGUUUCAGGUUCAGGGUUUAGGGUUAAGGUUCAGGGGUUAGGGUUCAGGGUCUGUAUAUAGUGUCCUUAGACUCUUAUUUACAUAAUACUAUAAUUGACAUAUGAUGGAGUCAUAUCUAAGAGAAAGUGCUGCAUGUGGACUUCCAGUUUAUUGAUCAGAUGAAUGUUCAGCAGAAGACAUUGAGGACCUGUGGAGCCCAUUCUGUACUCUUUAAAAUAAAAUACAAUGUAAUGUUGUUAAUGUAAAA